AUGUCUUUGUCUCUACGUAACACUUGUCUUCUUCGAUUACCCACUGCUUUCUCAUCAGCUCCAUCAAAACUCCUAAUUCUCAAUGGAGCUGUCCCUUUUCAUGUACCAAGAUCUCAUAUUUCGUUACGCCGUAUUGGUUUCAAAUCAAACCCAUUCUUUAGAACUCAGGCCCCAAGAUUCUUCAAGUGUUUGCCUCAAAGAGUGUCCGAUGAACGCAGAGAAACACAAGUAACAACGGAAGAAGAAGAAGAAGAAGAAAAGGUUGUCAAAUAUGAGAGGCUCUUCUCUAACCUUAAUCGAUCAACAUUGAAGCGAGAAUCCGGGAGUUUGUCCAGUGCGAUUUUCUUGGUUGCUGGCACUACAGUUGGUGCAGGGAUACUUGCGAUUCCAGCUGUGACACAAGAAUCAGGCUUUCUUGCCUCUGCAGUCGCGUGCAUCCUCUGUUGGGUUUUCAUGGUUGUGACAGGUCUGCUGGUUGCUGAAGUGAAUGUCAGCACCAUGACCGAACUAGGCACUGGAGGCGUAUCACUCGUCUCAAUGGCGAAGCGGACUCUUGGAUCUGUUGGAGUUCAAGUUGCAUCUUGGACCUACAUUCUCAUCCAUUACACCCUUCUUGUGGCCUACGUUGCUCGUUCUUCAGGCAUCCUUACAAACUUCCUCGGCAUCCCAAUAUGGGAGAGUGCAACUCUGUUCUCACUGGUUCUCGGAGGCAUUUGCUUCUUUGGAAGCCAGCGGUUCAUCGGUGCGACCAAUGGAGUUCUGGUGUUUGGACUAAUUGCAUCGUUUGCAGCACUCGUGGCAGUUGCGAGUGGAGACUUGCAUUGGGAAGCUCUUCUCAAGGCCAACUUUGAAGCCGUUCCCAUGAGCAUACCCAUCAUUGCCCUCUCAUUUGUUUAUCAUAAUGUGGUGCCGGUUCUCUGCACAGAUCUUGAAGGAGACUUGCCGAAAGUAAGAACCGCGAUUGUUCUUGGCACGGCCAUACCACUUGGCUUGUUUCUUGUGUGGAACGCUGUAAUUCUUGGAUCUUUCCCAGAUACUGGUGUGGCGGCUGAGAAGAUGAUCGAUCCUGUGCAGCAACUGAGAUCAACCAAUGUCACUGUCGGUACUUUUGUGGAAGCAUUCUCUCUUAUUGCUAUCGCAACAUCUUAUAUCGGUUUUGUCUUAGGCCUCGCUGACUUCCUGUCUGACUUAUUGAAGCUCCCGUCUGGGCAGAACAAGCCUCUUCUUUACCUUCUUACACUGGUUCCACCGGUUGUCCUGUCCCUACUGGACCCGGAGAUUUUCUUCAAAGCCUUGGAUUUUGCUGGGACAUAUGGAGUUCUGGUAUCGGUCGGAAUCCUCCCAGCUGCAAUGUCUUGGUCAGAUAGGUACUCAAUCUCAUCAUCAACAGCUGCAAGCUUGCCACAACUUGUUCCAGGAGGAAAACUUACUCUUUCUAUUGUGAUGGGAGGUGCAGGAUACGUGAUUGUUUCUGAAGUUAUAGAGAAUUUUUCACGGUACUUGAGUAAUUCAUAA